CCUUAGCUUUGCUUUGUUCUUUUGUUCUUGUCUGAGUCUCCCCUUCCUCUGAUGUGAGCAAUCGAACCUUUCGGAGAUGGAUGUUCCAAUCUUCCAUGUUGCUGCGAUUUUGGUUGCUGCUAAUGGUUUCCGCUCGCGCCGCCGCCGCCUCCGCAAGCCCGCUCGCUCCUGCGCCGCCGAAAACCUUGCCUCCUCCCAGAACUGGCGCGCGCGGGGGGGAAAUCAGCGGGAACGGGGAUAUGCGCGCGGGAAAGGGGGCGAUUGGGGAGGAGGGGAGACGCGGAAAUAUGAGGGCAGCCGGCGGAGUUUUUCGGGUUCCUCUAUUUUUUCGGAAGAAUUGGGGUGCUGUUGGAGCUAUAUUUUUUGUGUUUUUUCUCCCUAAAUAAGGUUUAGCAAAUUGGAGGCAAUAAAAACUCUUGGAGUUGCCAGACUUUCGUCUCCCUUCCGUCUCCUCCUCGUUCUCUGUCUCGCACUCUCGCUGCGCAGUUCGCCUCCCAAAGUCCCCAACUCUCCAUCUUUUUUUCUGAGGCGUCUCUCUCGGUCUCUCCACAUCCGGUGCGGAAGCGUAGAUCCACGCCCGUCAGUUUGGUUUCACCACGCGGUUAUCGCCUUAUUCCUAGGCUUGUAGCCGCGACACCUGCCGCCCUUCAGCGUGCCGCCUCCUGCUAGGGUUUCGUGGUUGCCGCCGCGACCCCCGCCCUGAGCAGGAACCCAGAGCACUGUGUUGGUUGGAUUGAUUAGCGUGGAGUGCAGAGACCCCCUUGGCCGAUUUGCUGUUUUCUCGUUUUGCCGGGGGACUCUUCAUAACGGCCUCGCAGAAACCUCCAGUCCUCAGUGUGUUCCAUUCAAAUUUGCAAUGUUGCAAGUAUUCCUGCAGAAUAAAUUCAUCUUCCAAGAGUCAUGGUUUUGCUCCAAUGGAUGCCAGUAGUAAAAGCUGGAUAGUGAUCUCAUGGAACCUAUCUAUACACAAGAAAAAUUUGUGCUCUUUCCGAAAUGAUGAAUACCUUCAACAACCACUGAUGGAGGUUGCGGCCAGAGAUUUUUCAGAGCUGCCACAGGAAAUCCUGAUGGAUAUAUUUUCUCUAAUGGAGACACCUGAUUUAGUGCGUGCGGGUUCUGUCUGCUGCUCCUGGAACUUGUCGUAUGCCAGCAUAUGUAGAUUUGGGCUGUACAAAUGGCCCCAAACACCUUGCCUCAUCUACACCUCUGAAUCUGCUGGUGAUAAUAUUGCAUUUCUCUACAGCCUUGCGGAAAAGAGGACCUACAAAUUAACUCUCCCAGAGCCACCCAUCCACAGAAGGUACUUGAUUGGAUCGUCACUUGGGUGGUUGAUUACUGCUGAUGAGCGUUCUGAGAUGCACCUUGUCAAUCCGGUCACUAGUGAACAGAUCCCCCUCCCAUCUGUCAUCACCAUUGAGAAUGUGACGCCCAUUUAUGAUGAAACAGGUGUAAUUUGUAAGUAUCAUCUCUCGCGUCACAUGGCAGGCCAUGCUCAAGUACUACCUUCGACAAGUCUUUUAAGAAAAUUGCGGGACUUUCUCUUUCUUAAGGCAUUUCUAUUUUAUGAUGAAUCUGCAAGAAGCUAUAUUGUAGUGUUGAUCCAUGCUCCAGUUGGGCGGCUUUCAUUUGCUAGGUUAAGAGAUGAGAAGUGGACACGGCUGCCACCACAUGAAAAUUUUGAUGACUGCAUCUAUAAGGAUGGUCUAUUGUAUGCAGUAACAUUACUUGGUCAAAUUAUCGCCUUUGAUCUCAGCGGGACUGUGGUCACAACGAAGAUAAUUAUGGACAGGAAGGAUAAAUAUGGAGUGGAGAGAGUUUACAUUGUUCAGGCUCCAUGGGGUGAUCUGUUGCUAGUUCGCAGACCAGAAGUUUGGAUAGACGAAGCACCAGCUGAGCAUGGGCAUGCAUGUACCAACCAGGAAACAUUUGAGAACAGAACUCGGAGAAUUGUGAUAUAUAAAGUUUGCAUUGCUUCCGGAAAACUAGAACAAAUAAACAGCUUAAACGAUCAUGUCUUGUUUCUUGGGCAAAACCAAUCACUGUGUUUGAAUGCUGAGGAAUAUCCGCAGUUGAAACCAAAUAAUGUCUAUCUCACUGAUGACGCUAAGAACGUGUCUAUGAAGCGCAGGUCGCGUUGCCGCCUUAUUAUUGGCAUCCUUGACUUGGAGACCAAGAUCAUGGAUGAGAUUGUAUCUCCCAGGCCAUGGUCCAACUGUAUGGCUCCCUUGCUGAUCAUACCAAAUCCCAGAAAGAUGGACCCCCCCCCCCCCCCUCCCUAAUGGAUGAAGGGGCGGAAGAAGAGAGAGAUGACCACCGGGCGGCUGCUGGCCUGCAUGAUCAGUGUUUGUACUAAAUCGGAAGUAUUGUGCCUCUUCUGGUUUGAACAGUUGUUUUUUUUUUGAACGUAAAUGGCAGGAGCUCUGCCGCAUCUUAUAAGAAGAAUAGAAGUUUUAGAACA